CAGCCUCUCCGCCCUCUCCCUCCCUUACAAUAAGGCAGCAGCGGCAGCAGGGUGUUGCUGUUGAUGCUGUAGCCGUGGAGGGAGAGUGACGUCACGGUCUCCGUUCAUCAGCAGCUGCAGCUCCGGGGAACCAUAGAAGGGACAGGAGGAACCCGAACCCACUCUUCCUCCUCCCGCACGCACACACAGUGACACCCGGUGCUGCUCCUCAUCCAGCAGACCCCCACUCCUGAGCACUCCCAGUGCACGGCCCCGGGUCACCUGUCCGCUGUCGGGAUGUGCCCGGGCUGCUGAGGAUAUGGGCUGUAUCGGGAGCCGGAGCAGCGGGACCGGUGAGAGGAGGGAUAUGUUUACAUGUUGAAGACACUGGUGAAAUGUUACCCAAGUCUCGACGAGCACUCACUAUCCAUGAAAUCACAGCCCUUGCUCGCUCCUCUCUGCACGGGAUCUCACAGGUGGUGAAGGAUCAUGUGACCAAGCCUACAGCAAUGGCUCAGGGACGCGUGGCUCAUCUCAUUGAGUGGAAGGGCUGGAGCAAGCCCAGUGACUCUCCUGCAGCUCUAGAGACACACUUCAACUCAUACUCACACUUGAGUGAGGGCGAACAGGAGGCCAGGUUUGCUGCAGGGGUAGCUGAGCAGUUUGCUAUAGCAGAAGCUAAACUUCGUGCCUGGUCAUCAAUUGAUGGUGAAGAUUCCACAGAUGAUUCAUAUGAUGAGGACUUGCAGCCUAUGGACCAUUCCCAGUCUGAAGAUCUCCUGAACCCAGUACAGAAGGAUUUGGUGUCCUCUCGUAUAUGCUGCUGCGAUAGUGACUCCUCUCGCACCCUGUCUCCUGAGACUCUGUGCUCCAGUCUGUGCAGCCUAGAUGAGGAACAGCUGCUAUUGGGAUCUCCAACUCAGUUGGUCGAAGAGUCCUUGCUAAUUAAACCUCAGUCCGUUCCAAGUCCCUAUGAUCGCCUCCAAGAUCUGGAAUGCGAGGACUCAUCAUAUUCCAUGUCCUUCUCUGAAUCCUGUUUAAGUCCCAGUGAGGACGAGCUGAUUUCUUUCCCUUCCAUGAAUCGAGGGUCUGGUAUGCUCUCUUUGCAUAGGAAGGGUUCAGAUGUAGUGUCUUCUGGCAUUGUAUCUUUAGAUGAAGAUGAGGAAGACCAACCAUGACCUACAGUUACACUACCAUUGCCACCCGCUCACACCUCCUAUUUUAGUUAUACAAUUUUUUUUAUCACUUACUUUCAUAAAAUCAUGGACUAACCAGAGGGCAUUAACUCGGUCAUCAACUGCAUCACUUUUUCAUAUAGCCAAUAUGAUUUAUUCAUUAUUAUUAUCCUCACCAACAUUUAACUUUUCUCUCUAGCAAAUCUUCAUCUGUUUAUUUUCAUCUCCUUAAAGGCUCUCUCCACUCAAAAAUAUCGUCUAUUUUAAUAAUUGUGCUGGGUACCAUAAAUUACUAUAACUCCUGAUUAUAUAGUCCCGCUGCCUGAAUUUGCCAUCUUAUAAUUAAAAAAUACACUGUUGCUGCCAUUUCACAGGUAGGUUCUCAAGAUUGACACUUCUUAGCAACUUUUGUAACCAUGGAAACAAACUACACUGAUUAUUUCCUUGCCUGCAGAGGUUGCUAAGAGUGUGCUCUCUGAAGAAAUUAUUUGGGAAGUGGUGUGAGCAGAGAUUUUCUGCAUUUUCAGCCAACAAUUUCAGGAAAAAUCUAAUUUUAAGUAAAUGUGAAAUAUUUUUGAGUGGAGUUUUCUUAAUAUUUUAUUCACUUUUGUUUCUUUUCUUUUUUUUAAUCACAAUUGCCUGUUUUAUCUGUUUCAAGAAUUUGGUCUAUUUUGCAUGAUUCUUGCCCUGAGGUACCACGCUGGUUCAGUGGAGGGCCCUUGAGCUGUUGUCUGCAUGUCUUGCACCCCACUUGAUGCCACUUCCCACUGAUACCACCUCCAGCCUAAUUUUUGUGUUGGUGGUGGAAUUCCGGGAUGGGUACAGUGGCAGAACGGCUUGUCCCUGUCAAAUCCUGGAACUUUUUGCAUCUCUGUGGUUCCCUCUGCGACACAGUUCCAGGCACAAGAUAUGAGGAACAUUGGGUAUAUGAUGGAUCUAGUGACAUAAGUGCAGCCUCAGGACUGUUAAAGGACUUGUGGAGCUCCGGUGACACUGUGGAGACCCUCCUCCCUGUGAUGCUCUGCGAGCGCAUGCUGUGUGCAGGGGAGACCCUUCUUUUCUAGAGUUUUGUACUUGUCUGUUUGCUGCUCUUGAAAGGUCUUGUGCGGUAACAUCAAAAGUUUGUAUCUCAUGUUCCUGCGUCUAUGAAAAUACAUGACUGGCUGUGAAUAUAUAAAUAUAUAUAAAAUGCAA